AUGCGAGAAGGCGGCUCCGGCGACUGUGCCAGUACUCGCGGCAGCUCUCACGACGACAGCGACGCCGCUACAGCCGCGCUGCCCCCGAGCCACAUGUUCUGCCGGCUGGAGUCCGUGGUACUACAGAUUGACGUCGAGACGCACGAGCUGCUAGCCACCAUGCAGCUACAGCCCAUCCAAGAGGCGGAGGCGGCGGAGGAGCAGGCGCGGGCAGCGUGCGCGGGCGCAGCGGCGAGCGGAAGCCGGGUGCUGUACGCGCGCACGGAGCAGGACCGCGUGUGCUGCAAGCGGCUGUCCACCAGCGACACGUCCACGCACGGCGGGUUCUCCAUCCCGCGCAAGGCCGCCGAGGCCUGUCUCCCCCACCUGGACAUGACGCAGUCGGUGCCAUCGCAGCGCAUCACGGCCACGGACGUGCUGGGCAACCAGUGGCUCUUCCGCCACGUGUACCGCGGCACGCCCAAGCGCCACCUGCUCACCACCGGCUGGAGCGCGCUCUCCGCCACCUGGGGCCUCGCUGCUGGCGACCGCAUCGUCUUCCUUAGGAACCGGCACGGCGCGCUCAAGGUGGCGGUGCGGCGCAGCGAGGCGGCCAUGGCGGCUUUGCAGGCGCAGCGCCAGGCGCGCCACGCUCAACGGUGUUCCCUUGACGUUGACCACGUGGGCGACCCCGCCGCCAUGGCGCCCGCCGCAGCCUCCCCAGGCCUAGCGGAGGUGGCGUCUGCUGAUGCUGUGCUGGCCGCCGCUGCUCGCUGCUACAGCCGCCGCACGGCCUUCUCUGUCACCUUCCACCCAUGGGUGAGCGCCUCAACGCCCUUCGUCAUCCCCCUCCCCGACUUCACACGCGGGCUGCACGUGAAGGCGGCGCUACAGCCGGGCAGCGAGGUGCGCCUCACGCUCGAGACCGACGACCUCGCCACGCGCCGCCUACGUGGCACCGUGCUCUCGCUGCACCACUCGCCCUCUGCCACGUGGCCCUCCUCGCCCUGGCGCUCCGUGCAGAUCAAGUGGGGCGACACGGACGGGGCAGUGAAGCCCACGCGCCUGUCCCCCUGGCUGCUUGACGACGCCCGCACCCUCGCCCAGCCCUGCUCCUCCUUCUACGUCACUUCUGGCUCCGCCCCCCUUUCCACCACCUUCGCCUCUGUGCCCCCUAUCGCCACCGUUGCUGCUGGCGCUGCCCUGCUGUCACACUCAGCUCCGCGCCCGCCGCCCCCGCUCUGCCUUCCGCCGUCUCUCUCCGCUCCUGCCGCUGCUGCUCCCAUGCAUCCUCCUCCUGAACAUGGACAGCAGCAGCAGCAGCAGCAGCAGCACUGCUUCUCUCCUCCUCCUGCCGGCACCACUUUGCCUGCAUCCAUGUCAAGUGCUGCUGCCACCCCUGCCGCCCCCCUCACAGCGGGACAGUAUGGAGAUGGGGCCAGCUGGGGCCCCACCCCUCUGCGCCUCUCCUCCACUGCCCCCCUCUCUCACACCCCCCUCACUUCCUUCCUCCCGAACCACUCCCUUCCUCCACGGCCCCUGCCUUCCGAACCUGGCCACGCCGAGCCUGAUGCGAUGGUUUGGUCGCAAGCCCAGCCUGCCAUGGAGUACAGCGGGUCUCGAGAGUCGGUUACAACCGCCACCCCUGCCACCGCUGCUACAGCCGCUGCCGGCCGUGCAUCUCCGGCUUUCCCUCGAACCCUCACUGCUCCUGGGGGCUUCACAGCCUAUGCACCGGACCGCACCGCCUAUGCCUCUCACGCCACUCCUGCUGGCACUGCUGCAGGCGCCCGGCAGGGCGGCGUGAAGAGGGAGCAGCAGGAGGGAGCGGUGCAUCUCACGCUCUCUCUCGGCCUCUCCGCCUCCACCACCUCGCCGCCCUCUGAUCACUCCUCCCCGAGCCUCAAGCGGCGCCGCACAACAGGCCUCGCCCUGCCUGUGCUGCGCCACGCGUGCCACUCCGAGUCGGAUGUCGCCCGCCUGCUGCGCGCCGAGCGACCCGAGAGGACGGACACGACGCUUGACAGCGACCUCGCCAUGCCGCCUGCAGGCACCUCUGCUGCUCAUGCUGGUGCAGCUGGUGUUGUGGUUGCCUCCCACGGCUGUCUCUUCACGCUGCCCUCUUCCCCCAGCUCUGCCAGUGGCGGCACCCCCAGGAGCUGCAGCAUCGGGGACGCGGAGCGCACUGCAAUGGAGGAGCGGGCUGCGAGUGGCGAGCGGCAGGCAGCAGGGGGGACGGAGAGCAUGGAUGGGCAGACGGCUUCCCCCUCCAAACAGCCUGCGUCGCCCAGCAAGCUGUCUCCCUCGCCAUCCCGAGCGGCCAACAGAAGGCGGAUUAAGCUGCGGGUGGAGGGCAGCCCAGUGGGGCGCACGGUGGAUCUGAGUGGCAUCGGCAGCUUCCAAUCGCUGUACGCCACGUGUGCAGCCAUGCUGCAGCUGCCUCUGCAGCAGCCCUCAGCAGGUGCCACGUGUCCCUGGCAGCUCACCUACACCGACGCUGACGGCGACACGCUGCUCGUUGGCGACGGGCCAUGGAGCAUUUUUCUGGAGCACGUGCAGACGCUUACAAUCAUGAAGGCUCCAAUCUUCGCUGAGCGUACAACCUCAGCCCACAUCCACUCGAAGCCGCGUUUCCCGGCGGCAUGCGCAGCGGCCAUGGCACGCUUUACGCCGCAGGACUUCUUCUUUAAGGAGGCGCGCCGCCUCGGCUACGUGGCACGCUCCGCGUUCAAGCUGCAGGAGGUGCAGCGGCGGCACGCGGUGAUCAAGAGGGGAGGCGCCGUGCUGGAUCUGGGGUGCUGCCCGGGGGCAUGGCUGCAGGUGGCAUGCCAGGCCCUGGGGCCCAUAGCUCAAGGCGGGUGUGUCAUUGGCGUCGACAUUCAGCGCACAUCAGUGCCGCAGCGGUGGUGUGACGGGCGGGUGCAGGUUAUCCAGGCAGACGCCUUCACCCUCUCUCCCCUCUUCCUGCUGCGCCUCCUCUCCUCCCUGCAG